UCGACGCGGGAGCGCGCCCGGGAGAGCCCGAGCAAGAUGGAGGCCGCGCAGAGGACGCCGCCUGGGCCGAGGCAUCCGCUGCCUGGAUCACCGAACCCCGGCGCUUGAGCCUUGCCGGUCCCGGAUCAGCGGCCCCGACCCGGCCCAGGUUGGUCCUCCCGCAUCCCUUCUCCGCAGCCGCAGCCUCCGCGCGCGUCCGGCCUGGGCGCAGGGUAGCCACCCCCCAGCUCCGGCCCUACCGGGGCCCUGCUGCUCCCCCGCACCCCGGCACGGCCCCUGCCCACUGCCCACCCCUCCAGGCCCAAACUGCUCCCUGGUCUCGGGCUUCUGUCCCCUUGGCCUGGAAAGCCACUGGUCCUGGCCCUGGCCCGCCAAUCCUGGACUACCCCCCACACACCCCGCAGCCGACAUUCAGACCCGGGUUCUGAGGAGCACCCCCUACUCUUCAGUGCGAGUGCAGACCCUGCGCUGUCAGCCCGAUUCCACGCUAGCCUCAUCCUGAUUCGAACACUUAGCCCUGGUUACCUGGCUGGCCCUACUGUAACCUUCCUCAUGCCCUCAGGACCAGCCCCUGACAACCUCUUCUCCCCUUCCUUAUAGAGAAGCUCCAUCAGCGUCCAGAUCCCCUCCAGACACCCAGCCCCAGACCCUCUACCCCAAUAGCAUCUCCAAUAUGCCCUUCCCAGCUCCCUCUAUUAGGUGGCUGUUAAUGCUUCGGUAUUGAUCUCCAUCUUUCAUUGCAUCUCCCACGGCCCCCUUUUAUCCCAACACCAGUUCCAACUCCCCCACCAGCACUUUCUGGUAUUCCCCCUACUUCCAGCUCCCAUGUCCUCAUCUCAGCCCCCCAACUCUCCCAUGGCCCCUUUCCUAGGCCCCCAAUAAGAAACCUUAGCUAGUAUUUCAAGUCGCCGCCCCAACACUGUCAUGACCCCCUCUUAGCUCCCCAGCCAGCCCCCAGGUCCCCAGCUCCGCCCCAGGCCCCGCCCUUGCGAGUUCCUUGACUCAGGGCUGCUUCUCGCGUGCGUCCCCAGCUCCCGCCCCGCAGCCCGGUGGUCCGGUGGUCCGUCCUGGGCCGGCGGCCCCCCACCAGCAGCUGCCGCCGGCCCCGCCCCCGGGCACCAUGCUGCCCUCGCAGGAGGCCUCCAAGCUCUACCAUGAGCACUACAUGCGGAACUCGCGGGCCAUCGGCGUGCUGUGGGCCAUCUUCACCAUCUGCUUCGCCAUCAUCAACGUGGUGGUCUUCAUCCAGCCCUACUGGGUAGGAGACAGCGUGAGCACUCCCAAGCCUGGCUACUUCGGCCUCUUCCACUACUGCGUGGGCAGCGGGCUAGCGGGCCGCGAGCUCACCUGCCGGGGCUCUUUCACCGACUUCAGCACCAUCCCGUCCAGCGCCUUCAAGGCGGCCGCCUUCUUCGUGUUGCUUUCCAUGGUGCUGAUUCUCGGCUGCAUCACCUGCUUUGCUCUUUUCUUCUUCUGCAACACCGCCACUGUCUACAAGAUCUGCGCCUGGAUGCAGCUCUUGGCAGCCCUGUGCCUCGUCUUGGGCUGCAUGAUCUUCCCUGAUGGCUGGGAUGCCGAGACCAUCCGGGACAUGUGCGGGGCCAAGACGGGGAAGUACUCCCUGGGGGACUGUUCGGUGCGCUGGGCGUACAUUCUGGCCAUCAUUGGAAUCCUCAACGCGCUCAUCCUGUCCUUCCUCGCCUUCGUGCUGGGCAACCGGCAGACUGACCUGCUGCAGGAGGAGCUCAAACAGGAGAACAAAGAUUUUGUGGGUACUACAGUAAGUUCUGUGUUGCGGCCAGGAGGAGAUGUCUCCGGAUGGGGAGUCCUGCCAUGCCCUGUUGCUCAUACACAGGGACCCUGAAAGUCAGAAUUGUAGCUCAGGAGUUGGCCCGACCUCAGCAUAUUCUGUCUGCUGCCCUCUUCUUCCUGUGGUCAAGCUCCAGACCCCAAUCUCUGACUGAAGGCACACCACUCCAGGCUUUGAAGAGAGCCUGGCAGAAGGCAGGGGCCCUUGAGAUCCCUCGGGAGCCUGUGUCUGGCCCUGCCUCCAUUUGACCUAAGGGAGCCUGGGUCUCCCUCUCUGGUCCUUCGGUUUCCUUCUCUCCUGUGUAGACCAGCUGGAGGUCCCCGAGGAUCCCCAGGGGAAGGAGGCUCUGCAGUGCAGGCUCCUCAGACCCCUUCUGUCUGGACGGCUGCCUGCUGCAUCCUUGCCUCCCCAGUCCUGGUCUCCUAAAGAGACUUAUUCAAGACACUGCCCCAGGAGGGCCAGACUUUUUCCUACUUUAUUUUUAUUUGCUGAUGAUGGUCCCACCACAUCUGCCACAAAGCUCCAGGUGCCACCAGCCCCACCCAUGGGGCCUCUUCUGACUCCCUCAUUCAAGCCUGCAUCCAGCUCUCAAAGGAACCUGAGCGGUGCUGAGGGGGAAAGCACGGGGUCUCCCUCCCCACUGCGGGUAGCCCCUCCUCAGCUCAGAGUCUGAGGGGAAGACCCAGGCUCUGGAGGCUGGGGGAGGAGGGCAGCUGAUCACAGCAGCUGGAGUUUGUCAGCUUCUCAGCCUGGGGCUGGCCUGGCCUCUUCUCUACGGGGCUAACUCACCAGUGACUGGACCCUUGACUCUGGCCUGUUUUGUACAGCAUAGACUUCUCGGGCCCAUUGUCAUGGUUGGUGACUGGAGAGGGGGCUCAGAGGUGGAGUUAGGGGAUGCCUAUCUCCGUCUCACGCUUCCCACACCUCGGACAUCUGCCAAGGGCAGAGACUGUCUUGCCCCCCUCUUUGAUACUUUUCUGCCUAAUUUGAACUUGCAGGUCACCUCUGAACAGGGUACCCCUGUCCCCACCCUAGGCCCUGUUACCCUGCCCCUGACUCUUUCUCCUUGCCCACUUCUCGCCUUGUGAUACGAUACGCCCAGGGUCUGCAACCUCAUGGGCAGUGCUUGGAGCUGAGGCGUGUGUGUGUGUGUGUGUGUGUGUGUGUGUGUGUGUGUGUGUGUGUGUGUGUGUUACGACGGAGGGGCACAUGAGAAGAUCUCUCUUCUUCUCCCACUAAGGGGUUUCUCCGUCCCCCUUAGCAGAGAGAAAAUGAGGGAGAUCCCAGGUGUGUUUUUGACCAUCCUUGGUUACCUUAUAGAUCUAGUGGCAGAGCCAUCUAGUCGUGGACAAGCCUUCUGUCCCCAGUGGAGGGUGGCAGGCUAGCUUCAUCUAACAUAAUGUCUCCUAGGACAUGGCCUGCUGCCUGGUCCCUGUGUUGAGGAGUGUGUGUCCCCUUUAGGCUCCACAGGAGGCAGAUCACUUCUGAGUGUCACGUGUGAGCCUCAGCCAGAGUUGGAAGGGCAACUAGUUCACAGAUUUGCUGUCCUUGUGUUCAUUUUCAUAGGACUUGGAGCUGAGAGUUAGGAUUCCUGAGCAAGACCCAUGCCCAAGACUGUCCCAUCAGGACCCUAACUGGAGUCUCAUGCUGGGUCCAGGAAGGAUUUCUGCAAUUUUCCAGACCCCAUCUCCACCUUCCCCUCUUUCCCCCAGGACAGAUACCUCUGCCCAAGCUUUGGUCACUGCCCUGGUGACCCCACACUUGUCCCCACCUAGUCUAUUUCUGGAGCCACAGCAUUAGAGCUGUCUUGGGCAGGUGCCGGGAGACUGGGAAUGUACGGGGGCAAAGGGGCAAAGGGGCGGGGGGAGGAAUUGUGUGAAGG